AUGAUUACCUUGCAACCUAUCCUGCAACAUGCAGUUUCGACACCUAGAUUACCGCCAGAACUCAUGGAUCUAAUAGUUGACAUUCUUUCCGAUGAUGUUCCCUCUCUCACAGCUUGUGCAUUGUCCUCACGCCAACUUCUCUGCCGCAGCCGCUAUCACCAAUUCCACACCAUACACUUCGAUUUCCUCCCAAAUCGGUUGUUCAAUCGCUGCGAAAUUUUCUCGAGGAAGUGCCAAAAUGUGGCGCCACUUGUGAAACUAGUCGGCAUUAAUAUCAUCUGUCCUCAAGUCAAGGAAUUGAAAAUGAAAUACUGUUCGGUGACGAACCUUGGCACCUUCCUCGGCGGCUUCCACAAAUUAAACAAGCUAGCACUACACCACGUAGACAUUGUUGAAGAGACAUCCUCAUCAUCUGAAGUUUCUCUUGACCUUGAGGAAUUAGUGAUUACCCAUAUCUGCAGCCGAUCGAGCAAGAAUACCAUCAAGUACCUCCUCCCGCUCCUUUCCAUCCCACCUCGUAUUCGACGGCUUACCUACCCAAUUUACCCCCCGGUGGAGAACAUCCCACAAUACGAUGUGAUUCCUUACACACACCUGGAUGAGUUAUUGCUAGUGGGAGCCUUCCUACCAAACAGACCCAUUCUGCAUAUCCAAAAUGUUACCAGGCUUCAUUUGUCUAUGAUCCCCCUCCGGCUCUGGCAUCCGGUGGAUGCAUGCAAAUACUACGAUGAGCUAACAGAUUGGCUCAUACACCUGCUACAAAAAGCUCAAGGGGGGUGCUUAAAGGAGGUCAAAUUGGAGUACGGCCUGAUUAGCAUAUCUUGGAGUCCGUAUCAGUGGAAACAGCUCGAUGCAAUUCUACUGAAGAUGGAUUCUGGCCUGAUUGGCAUACCCGGGAGUCCGGGAAAGUGGAAACAGCUCGAUGCAGUUCUAUCGAAGAUGGAAUUGAGCAAGGUUGAGCUCGUGUUCAACACAACGCAGGAGGAGUGGGGUGGAGAAGGAGUAGAGACAUCCAAGUGGAAGCUGGACAGAUUGGCGCUUAAAUAUGCUGCUUUCUUUGAACAAGUUAAAAGGCGUGGGUUGUUGACAGUCUCCGGACAAUACCUAAGUUACAAUCAUUGCGUCCCAAGAUUUCGUCGUGGAGAAAUAAUUCUAAGAUUUACUUGGUCGUCGCAGAACUCAAUGGCCGAUGAUGAUUCAGCACCGGAAAUAACAACCACUGCGACCAGUGCCGACCCUCAUUUUCUUCUAUUCGCCCUCAUUUUCCGUGCUCGUUCUCGGUGUACCAGCGAGAGUACAUACACAGGUAAUGCUGACCCAAAAUUUGCGUCAAACCUUGGCAAAUCGCCUCACGGAGGCCACCGUAUGUCUUUCUUCCGGCGUUCUAAUCAGCGAGAAUCCGAAUAUACGACGAAGAUAACGACGAGACUAUUGAUCCAGAACUAUGCCUUCGAACCUUCUGGCGAGCCGAGGAAUGUCUAUGUAAAUUAUCCUUUGGGAGUCCUGGAAGUCGAUGUUAGCGGGAAACCUAUUGUUCGCUAUGAGAGAAACAAGGUCCGGACUACCAAUUUAUACGAGCAAUUUAGGCGCAAACCUAUUUUCCCUUACCCUCGUCCUUCCUCCGUGUUUGACGCAGCAUCGGGCGCCAUCUCGGUCCUACCCCUUGUAUUUAUUCUCACCGUCACUGACAUCAAAGAUGCUGUAGAAGACUAUCGCCGUGCGACUCUCGACGAAGAGGUGAAGACGUUGGCGGCAACAAAAUUAGGCUCGUGGCGUAAUCGUAGAUUGGGAGCCAUCAGUCCGCUUGAAUUUCCGGAUUUAAAUUACGCUGCGUUGAUGUAUCAGAAAGCGAUGAUACGUCCGGAGGAUCAGAACUUGAGCGUGCAUGAUCAAGAUCAAAACUCGUGGUGGACGGAUCGUCAUGCGAAAGGACGGUGGAGUCUAAAACCUCGAAAAUCCAUCAAAGCCACUUCGUCUAUCGCCUCUGAAGACAAUAUCGAGCGGUCGUCAUUUUAUCUUGACUCAGAACCACCACACCAGAACGUCUAUCUUUACCAUGGUGUUCUUCGCCACAAGGAUACUGUCACGGGCGAAAAGAGGCAAGAGUCGGUCAUGAUCAAUGAAAUGCUCCUUCGUGGAUGUGCAAUCCGUAAUACGACUUGGAUCAUUGGGCAGGUCAUUUUUACAGGCGCAGAUACCAAGAUCAUUGUGAACGGAAGUUCUACGCCAUCGAAACGUUCCGAAAUAGAGAAGGAGACCAAUUUUAACGUUAUCGUCAACGAUGCGCAAACAGGCACCAGCACAGAGUUUUUCGAAAUUGAUUCGGAGGCGACAGACUCGUCAAUCUUUAACGCCAUAAUAACAUUUGUGUCAUGUCUCAUCGCUUUCCAAAACAUUGUACCUAUAUCAUUGUAUAUUUUUACCGAAAUCGCCAAGACUAUACAGGCCUACUUCAUUUCCCAGGACGUGGAUAUGUAUUACCAACCUUACAACACACCUUGCGUUCCUAAAACAUGGAACAUCUCCGAUGACUUGGGGCAGAUCGAGUAUACGUGCUCGGUCCAUGGUAUCGCAUAUGGAGAGGGUGUGACGGAGGCGCAGCGUGGUGCUGCAAUCCGAGAAGGCAAUGCAGACUCUCUUGAUCCCCGUGACUUGACGGAGAAACUCACAGCGAUCAAGCAGCAAAUGCUGAGUGUUAUGGAACGCACCUUUAAGAACCGGUACCUUCAGCCGGAAAAGCUGGCUCUGCCCUUUCCGACAAACGGUCACAAACCCGAGCCCCAGGAAUUACAGUGUCACUUGGAUUACAAGGCUGAAUCGCAGGACGGGGCCGCGUUGGUGGCCUCCGCGCGAGGUGUUGGGUUCACCUUGGUCAAGAAAUCGAAGGAUACUUUUGACAUACAAGUCAUGGGCCAGCCGGAGAAGUACACGCUUUUAAACGUCCUCGAGUUCAACAGCACGAGGAAACGAAUGAGUACGAUUUUCCGAUGUCCAGAUGGACGGUUGAUCCUUUACUGCAAGGGGGGAGAUAAUGAACAGAUGAGCAAGGACAUGGAGAUGUUUGCUAACAAUGGACUCCGGACGUUGUGUAUUACAUACCGCUGGCUCACCCCCGGAAUGACUCCAUUAUGGUUGCCCGUUGCUACGCUCGUGAAAUGUGCACCUCAGGACUUCUCCCCAUCACUGAAUAUGAGCAACCCAGUAACGGGGAAACUACCACAAAAGGAAACAGAGUUACUCCAGCCCCAUCGGCUGAUUAUGCAAGUCCAGCCAGUUCCGAAGAAGAGCGCGUUGUGA